AAUUUUAUUCGGACUUUGAGUUUCUUUGAUGUAUAUUUGUUGCAAAAAUGGUGAUGUUUGUGUUGUUCGGAAACAGAUAUAGGAUAUUUACUAAAAGUGACGAUGACGGAGGAUCGUGAGUCUGAGGUUCUGGUACGUGUUUUCGCGCAGGUGAUGUACAAUGAGAACGACCACUGGACCGCCGACAAAGGCCUCUCGGCCGUUUCCGUCAUCAAGCGUAAGCGAAAACCGAACCAGACCGCUAUCACGAAGCAGCCGUCGACGACCGCGGCGCCCGUUUCGUCCACUACCGACAACCCGCUCGAGGGAAGAUUCGCCAGCGUAGAACCGAUACAUUGCAACGAACAGGCGGACAACUAUGUUAAUCUGUCCGAUUAUGAAUACAGGAUCGUUGGAUCAUGCACCAUCGACAACAAAGAAACUCUAAAUUGUCCAAUACGAAGAGAUCUGGAAUAUCACAAAAUCAUGCCAACAUUUCAUCAUUGGAAAACUGAUCAGAAGAGAUAUGGGCUUUCCUUUGAAACGGCCAGCGACGCCACCGACUUUGACAAGAAUGUUAGGUUUGCUGUGGAGGAACUGCUCAAUGGUGUGGUGGACACAUGUGGUAUAUCAAAUUCUCUUCGAAAAUAUGAUAAAGAUCAUGGGGAAGAUGAAGUGUUCAUGGCGGUGAAUUUGCCUCUGGAUCCAAGCGACUCCAGGUCAAGUUCUGAUGGAAGUCACGGUAUAAACUUCAAUAUACGUCGUGAAUCAUCAUGUUCAUUGAAAAAACGCCCACCUAUGGACUGUUCGAUGCCAUUCUCUUCCAUUAGGAAGCCCAUCACGCACAAAAUGAGAUGCAGGCAUUGUCACGAAUUAUUCACAGAAGAGUCAAAUGAGAGAGGUGAUUGCGAAUACGCCCCUGAUUGCUGGAAAUCUAGUAUCGAAGCUAUCUCCGGCAUCAGAUGUGCCAGUUGUAUGCUGUACCACUGCAUGUCUGACAGUGAAGGUGAUUUUGCUCAUCCCUGUGAUUGCAAUCACAAGGAAAAUGGAUGUGGAAAAAGAUGGUUAGGCUUGACGUUACUAUCCUUCCUGGUACCAUGUCUCUGGUGUUACCCACCAUUGAAGGCGUGUCAUCUAAUUGGAAUAAGCUGCGGACUUUGUGGCGGAAAACACCAUUCCUAAAAAACAAAAAUGUUGAACCAAAGAAUCAAUAAUUUUGUAACCCUCUAUUUUUGCAUUACAGUAGAAUAAGAAAAAUAAUACUAAUCAUAUCGAGUUCAAUAUACUUAUCUUCAUGAAUUUUGAUUACAAAAAUUGCUAUAAUGCUACUGUACAGGGUUCAACAACAACGAAGUGUGUAAACUAUUUACAAUAAUGGACGUCAACCUUCCCUCUACCAUUUGUCGAAAUAGAAUUUUAUGGUAAGUGGUAGAGAUUCAGGCCUAUUAAUUUACACAAUGAUACACUUUUCAUUGUAUGUACCUCUGUCGAAACUUUCACCUAGAAAGUUAUCUGAUUUUGCAGUCGCAAUUAAUUAAAUUGAUGUAUUGUAAAAUAUUCAAUGUUCAAAUAUAAUGGGUGUUUAAAGGUUGAUUAGUCCUAAAAUGGCUAUAAGAAUGAGUUUC